CUUCAAUGCCAUUUCCUGCCUAACGGAAGAUAUUUUUUGACACUGCAAUCUACCGCGUCGGAAACAAAGGUUUGGAUCAUCCAAAGCAGAUACUGAAGUGGCAAUGGAGCAUGGCAGGGUUCUCCCUCGGAGGCAAAGUAUGGGAGACAUUCCCACCUCCUCGUUUCGGACCGGAGUCGCCUACGGGCCAGUCUAUUUCGCCGAUUUCGAUUCCAAUCUGGGAGCGAAUACGGAUCGAAUAGAAACGCUAAAUAUUACACCAAGGUCGCGGCGUGUACAGGCUUUUCGAAGAAAAUCCACUCCCGCAGUUUCAGCAGCUGAGCUGGACUGCCCAAGUUUUCUGCUACAAAGUACUCCUGGACAACGAAAGGAUACGCCGAAUCAAAUAACAAAGGAAACGUGCUCGCCAGCCGGACGAAAGGAUCCCACAUGCUUUACUACUACUCGCUUGCACAAUCUGGACCACAAGCAAACGAACAAGAGAAAUUCUACACGGGGUCGAUCAUCUGAACAAAAAAAGGUAUCGCCUCACGUGAAGCGGCGUUCGAGUCCAGCAGCACAACAAGGACAGAGGCACAAAAGAGAGCGAAGUGCAACUAAGCUUUGUUUGUCUGUGCCGCAUGGGCUUGUUGAGCGUCCACAAGUAACAAAGUGUCACGAGCUAGACAUCUCCUUUGAAAAAUACAACGAGAGUCAAGAACAGAAACCUAAGACACCAAGAAAGACGAUGCAAAAGAACCCCCCAAACACAACGUCUCUUGCAUCCUUGUAUCGAAUAAACCGGAGACACAGCAUGGAUUCAUCUGGGGCAACGCAACUGUCAUCGGCCGAGCAAAACCCCCGAAAUGCACCACGUCGGAACAGCGUUGAAGUUGCAGCGAUGAACACUCUGCUGGAGCUUGUAGAAAUUGUUGCACAGUCCAACGGUUUGCCAGCAACAAAUCAUGUACAUAGUAGGCGAAAAGAUCAGACCAUUAAUGCUUCAAGCAGAACAUUGCCUGGCGAUAUGCCAAACUUCCCUGUGACCCUCAAAAAGUUUGAUCGAGUCAAAACGAGUGAAUCGCCACCCCUUUCGGAAGCCCAGACUUCACUUGCAGAGGCUAGGGAAAAACGAAAUCGACAUCGUAUAAGCAAGUCCAGCGCCGCUGCAGCUGCCGUCUUAGAUAGUCUUUCUACCCCACAGCGGCGUAUGUCAUCCACGAAUGCAGCGCAGCCAAUACGCCGACUAGAGAGGAACACCCUACGAGGACAACGGCGUCAAUCCUUGCAGCACUAUGGUCUCAAAUCUUUAGAGCCAUCCGACACUUUCAGAGCUCUCAAUGAUGUAAAAACGAUCGCUUCCAAAAAAAGCCCUAAAAUGUGUCGCGAGAAGGAAAAACGCAGCUCCGUCCGCGCCAGUAAUCUGUUCACUUCCAAGAUAGCAAAAUCCAACCUCAAUGCUUUUCCCGUGGUUUCGCCGGAUCGUCAAAGGCCCGGAAGACAAAAUCCUUCGGUAAAGAUGCAGGAGUCUAGCAGCUAUGGAGUGAGUGGCUCAGCUGGCAUCUCGGCGAAAAUCUCACCAGCGAUGGAGCGCAAGCCAGCGAAGAUUUCGAGCAUGAUAGUUGAAGGGCACUCAUUCAAGCAGUCAGGUUCUGAGCUAAAGCGAGCGCGUAACGUGAAGCCAAAACGCCGUGGAUCAUUGAGCAGUGGAGUUGAUAGCGAUACCAAGUCAGUCGUACCAUCGCUGUCUAGGAUGCGUAGUCGUCAAUCUUCAUCUACUAAGGUUACACCUCAAUCGGAUGUACGUCGCCGUAUGGUGGACUUCGGAUGGUAG